UUGUUACGCAUUACUAUGCCAUCUAUAUUGAUAAAAAUCUUUUCUUUAACUUUAUCCAAUCAGCUUUCUUCAUCUGAUGUGACGUCAUCCAUUACGAAUGGUGUGAUUACGUGUUCGUUCUAUCGACCAAUGAGCGUCACGAAAUCCGUGGCCGGCAGUGACGUCACUUGGAACGUGAAUAAUCAAAAUUUUAACGUUCUAUACGCGGAGGGGGCGAUCUACGCCAAUCGGAGCAUCCAUUAUCAUUCACUACGAAAACACACACACGGGGCAUUCAAUCUGCUGAAGCCUAAAGGUUCGGGUGCGGCGUCUGUGCAUGUUAAUUACAUGAUCAUGCUUAUCGUCGUUGCAACGAUGCUGUCUACAACUAUAAUGUGAGAAGUCGUUACAGAGAAAUAGUUAUUAGUAGGUCAUAAAAGUCACGUCGUCUCUUUUUCUUUGGUCAUGCAUUUCUUGUAUUUCACGUUUAUCGUGUUUUUAAAUAUACAAGUAUUAUAACCAGUUAUUACUAAAAUAAAUAGGUUGUUGUAUAGUAUAGGGUGGGAGAAGAUGUGACAGCUUUUCAUUCUAUGUUCUUGUCCCAUUUGGUAGUGAAGAAAGAAAAUGGAAAACCGUAUCCUUACGACUCCCAUAGACCGUUUUUAAUUGUUCAAAACACGAUCAAGAUAUUUGGAUAUUACGAGCUAAAGCUGUCCCAUCUUCUCCCACCCUACUAUAGUUACUUUUGGUAUGGUGACGCUAACUCGUUCCAUUUAUCAACGCAGCAGUUUGUGAAUAUAUGAUCUUGCUAGCAUUAUUUCCGUUUACCACCAAAUGGGGUCGCAUAAAAAAAGAGAAAAAGUAGCAUUUCCUCCGACUGUAUAUUUUACCCCAACCUGGUCUUACUAGUUUUUUUCAUCAAGUCAAUAAUUUGUCGACCAUGUAUCAACAUAAUAAAAAGAUUCGCCUAUAUUCAAA